AUGAGGAAAUACCUCGUGAAGGACCCGCACGCCAAGUUCGACAUGCAUCGAAAGACGUUGAGGAAGAAGGCGGACGCCUACGUGAAAGGGCUGCCGACAGGCAUGACGCCUUCUGAAGACCACAAGGCUGUACUCCUCUCCAAACCACACACCCAGACCUGCCAGGCGAGUGAGGCGAAGACCGUCUCCGACAAGGUCAAGUUCAUGGAAGAGGCGAAGACAGACACGACCAAGAGGGUAGCCGUGGCAGCAGGGACAGCUGCCGAAGAGGCAGGGGCGGCCGCCGAGGAGGCCAAGAAGACGGCAGAGAAUCUGGCGGGGGUUGCUUCCACGGCAGCAGCUGCCAUGUCACCUACAGCAACAGCCGCAGCAGCGCCAUCAGCCGCAGGUGCCUCGUCUUCGUCUUCCGCGGCAGGACCUACGACUGCGACAUCUGCAGGUGCCAAGCCCGCUACGAACGAGUCAACCGGCUCUCACGCCGGGAAGAUCACAACAGAGGUUUCUUUGGUUCAGACUGUCGACAUCUUCGGCGCCAGCUGGGACCCAGACAGUGAUCCUUUGAAGGCAGAGACCGAGUCUGCGAUGCUGAUUUUUGUCAACAUCGGAGCUGAUCCCGAUCUCCUGAAGGGCACCGAUGACGCAACCAAGCGUCUACGUAACGGUUUAGUAGCCCUUCAAUCCGUCCUCCACCCGAGGGGCACGAUGGUGAUUGCUAUGGGGCCGGUAUACCAUCGGAACUUCGCCAUCGUGGAGGGUUCUGUAACCAAGGCGUGUGACGAGGUUCUUCUGUACUCACUCGUCGCUCACAAGGGCCAGGACUUUGCCUGCUACGGGCAUCCCGCUGGCAACCGUCGCGCUGGAGCUGCAUCACCGUCUUCUUUCAAGAGUCCUCGCCAGGCAGCUUUCGAGCAGGCCAGCUUCGUCGUCUCCGCCAAGCACCCCACCACAGCUACAUACCUGUCGCACUCGAUGGCCGACCACCUCAUCAACAGAUUUACCGUGCCCGGGGACUCUGUUGUGGUGACGACCUUUGAGGAGAAUCUUAUCGCGCCGUUCGUGCUCUGGCAGGGGAGACUGCUCUCAGCGUUAGUUGUAGACCCGGCGAAGGCGACACAUGCCGACACCGAGGUGGAUGAGGCAUGUGUUGCAGCGACCAAGCGCGGGUGGUUUGCCGAUCUGAAUAAGGCGAAAGUCCGUGUGUUCGCUACGACCCUACCCGCGUGUGUUCCGUCUCACAACCUUUCCGAGGAGACCAACCGGAUGUAUAUCAACGCUCACGAGGUGUACAACUCAGAAGACGAGGAUGACGAUGUCGAAGCUGCCCUCUCAGCUGCUGGAUCACUCGCGGAGGAGAUUGGCUUUGCGAUUAAGGAAGGGUCUAAGUUGUGGCUGAGGCCAACGCGUGAAUCGUUCAUGUUCUAUGUGAACUCAAGUUUUCCGCGUCAAGAGGCUGCGAACAUCGAGAGAGAGAGCAGCAAGCUCCACAAGCAACCGCCCAGCAGUGCAGACGAAGCAAAGGAAUUGUUGGCAGAUCCUAGCAACGGUAUUUCAUUCAAACUCGCACGCGCAGUAAAAAAGGGGGAAGAGUUGUUGGGUUGGUACCCGCUUCCCACUCACAACCAUGCAGAUGGUGGUGACCAAGAAGGAGGCGCCACAGGCUCGAGACGUCGGGGAAAAAGGGAGAGGAGGUUUCUUCGCUCUUCUACCAGUGAGGAGGAGGAGGACGGGGAGGCUGAGGAGGAGGAGGAGGAGGAGGAGGAGGAGGAGCAGCCUGUCGCGAGUGUUUAG